UGUGCCUCGGCGGCUUUCGUCCGGAUGGACUCUGGAACGCGUUAGGUUCCUUUACCUGUGACUUCUCCACAACACUCGCCUCACGCAGCGCCCAGUGCGGGGACAUGAGUGUUCCUGAGCCACCGCCUCCGGACGGGGUCCUUACGGGGCCUUCCGACAGCCUGGAGGCCGGCGAGCCCACGCCGGGCUUAAGCGACAUGUCUCCAGAUGAAGGACUGAUAGAGGACUUCCCUGUGGAGGAUAGAGCUGUAGAGCACUUGGUGGGAGGCUUGCUGUCCCACUACUUACCAGAUCUGCAGAGGUCCAAGCGAGCGCUCCAGGAACUCACACAGAACCAAGUUGUGUUACUAGAUACACUGGAACAAGAGAUUUCAAAAUUUAAAGAGUGCCACUCCAUGUUGGACAUCAAUGCCUUGUUCACGGAGGCGAAGCACUAUCACGCCAAGCUGGUGAAUAUAAGGAAGGAGAUGCUGCUGCUCCACGAGAAAACGUCCAAGUUGAAAAAAAGAGCACUGAAGCUGCAGCAGAAGAGGCAGAGAGAAGAGCUGGAGAGGGAGCAGCAACGCGAGAAGGAAUUUGAAAGAGAAAAGCAGCUGACAGCCAAGCCAGCCAAGAGGACAUGAGGAGCCUGCCUUCGGGUUCCUGGCCCAUCAUGCUUCCUGGAUCCCUAGUGCUGUACACAGAGAGCGAGGCGUGGACGGUGCCUUAUGCCGUGGCAUGUCCUGAAGUGUUUCCAUGGUUGCUGUGUUUCCAAGACUCACUCAAGAAGCUUUGUUGAUAUGUUUUCAACUCUUGCUUAACUUUACAAUUAUUAUUUGAUCUUAAAUCGUUUGGAAAAUGAAAAACCCUUUGGUUGUUCCAGAGUCUGGGUACUGGUUCAAAAUGAGCAGAAAGUCUACGCUUCUUGAGAAUUGAUUUUAGUUUCAGUUUUUCCUUUCCUGAAGGCAGGCCUUUCCUCUAUGACCACACUGAUUUUUGGCAAUUGCUUUUUAUUGUUUAAAGAGAAAUACCAAUUGUCUGAUCACGAAUCUCCCAGAAAGAGAGCUGCCAAGCUUUUAUGAAGAACACAGGCAGUGUGUGCACAGUGGAAACACCAGGACCUUAGAUGUAGGCUGGGAGUUGAUGGCAGACAGAUUUUUCUAGCCAUUCUCCUCAGUUUUUCACUGUUGCUGCUGAUGUAGAUUUUGAGUUCAGGGCAGGAUUCUAUCCAUUCCUAAAGCUGUGCAGCAAUGAUGGACCUGCCAGAUACUCAAAGGUGUGUUUCUCUCUCUCUCUCUCUGCAUGCUACAUUAUCACAAUGUAACAAUGUUUCUGUACUCCCUCCCUCCCCACUCCCCCUUUCUUUCUAGAGACAGGCUCUCUAUAAAGCCCUGGCUGUCCUCAACAACCUGUGGAGACCAGGUUGGCCUCAAACUUAACAAUCCACCUGUCUCUUAUUCCCAAGUGCUGGGAUUAAAGCUGUGCAUCGCCAUGCCUUGUUCUGGUUUUUAAGUAGAACAAAAUCUGCUGCUGCUCACAUCAUAUGUAAAUAGUGUACAGAAGAGAGGGCAUGAUGCCUUUACUGUUUUCUAGGACUUUUUUCCCUGUUGUUGUAGGUAGGUGCUUACUCUGUAGGGCAAGAUGAAGUAUCAUUGUUGGAAAUCCAAAGUGCAGUAGUAUACUUUCUCGUCUUAGUGUUUAAUAGGAAGCUUGUUUCUAGUCCCUAUUGUGUGUGAGCAGCACAAGCUACAAAGGUGUCUGAUUAGAAUGCACAUCUUUUAUAACCCAUAUUACCCUUGUAGUAAGUUGGGAUUACUACCUCUGAUCACAUACUGGGCGAUAGAGAGAUCGAUAAAGAGGACCAGUGCUCAGAGCCUGUAGCUUAAAGGCAUAACUUUCUUUGAAGGAGCCCUCUCCUUCCUAAUGAAUGAAUUGUGAUCCCACAGAUAUUGAUCUUGACUUCUGUUCAAGAAUAUAAUGAGUCUAUUUGAAAGGCUGUUACCCUUAGUCACUUGCUGUCACUCCCAGAGCACAAGUCACUAGGACCUGCAGGACAAUGUCAUGUACUUGUUACAAUAAAAUGCCUGAUAUCUGAC